CUAACGUUAACGCCCAUUCCUUCGUGAACGUGAUAAAAAUUUACAUGUUCGAGAAACCUCUUCCAGCAGCCUGUGGUAUAAGCAAUCUGUCUAACCUCUAACCCUGGGUCUGGGCUGCCGGGGGCCUGCCUGCCUUCGUAGUGCGUGCCGUUAACAUGAGUUUGCCUCAAGUCGAUCCAUCGAAUCAUCGAGAAUCGAUCUGGCGUUUAUUCUGCCAUGCCAUGCUAUCGGUAGGGUUGCGAGGAUAGGCGUAAGAAACGUGGUGAUGGCCUGCCGCAAGGUUAGCGUUCGUUUGCCUUGACUCUCUUACAAGGCUUGCAUCAUUAGGUAUCGACCAAAGGCUACAUAGUACUAUCCGAAACAUUCCUCCUAAAACGGCUACAAACAUGACAGAUAUCGCUGGGCCGGGGGGAAAGCAAAUAGUCAAGUACAACCCUCAUAAAAGGCAUAAAACUGUCGUACUCUUUGGGCAGUCAGGGGUAGGCAAAAGCUCACUCGUCAACCUCAUGGCGGAAAAGGACGUAGCGGCCACCUCUGCAGGCAUGCAACGCUGUACGUUGAAGUGGGCAGAGCACGUCAUCAGCUUCGGCGGCGAUUCUUAUACCGUUUUCGAUACCGUUGGACUCGAGGAACCACAGCUUGGAAUUAAAGAGUACCUCGAGACUGUCGAAAACUCCUACAGACUCGUCAAGGAAUUGGACGCACGAGGAGGCAUUGACCUGCUUCUAUUCUGCAUUCGCGCUGGCAGAGUCACUGCUACGCUUCAGAGCAAUUAUAGACUCUUUCACGAAUUCCUUUGCGAGAAGAAGGUUCCCAUUGUUCUUGCGAUCACGAACCUCGAAAGAGAGAAGAGGAUGGAGGAUUGGUGGGACAAAGAACACCACCAUUUUGAUCGUUAUGAUAUCAACGUCGCUGGCCAUGCGUGCAUUACCGCCGCUAACGAUUUGGAUGGCAGGCACAAAGACCUUUAUGAACAAUCGCGCACCACGAUCCGCAAGAUUGUUCAGGAGCACACUGCCGACGGGCAGAAGCCAACAUGGACGGGAGGGGACAACCUGUUUGUGUCGCUGAUGCGUAGGCUGAAGGAGUUACUUUCAGGGGAGAGCGCGGCUGCGAAAAAGAAGGGCUUAUUUUCAGGGGGUUCGCUUGUGAAAAGGAAGGAUCUUGCUCCUCGUCUCACGAAGCGUUUGGGGAUGUCUCAAGAAGUCGCGCAACAGUUGGCUGAUAUGAUCAAGAACGACACAGUUUGA